CCCCUGUACCUUUUCCCCGACCCUCCCACUCCUUUACUCGCCUCUCUCGUUCUCUCUGAGUGGACCUCCAACCCCGACCUUCAGCGGGAGAAAAAAUGGCGGAACCCCAAGAGAAGAGCAAGCGAUCCUCCAACGCCGCUCUUGCGGACGAUCUCGACCGUUCGAUCGAGAUCGACGGCCCCUACUACGACACCCUCCCCGCGCUCCUCCGCAGCUUCUUCGACGUGGUCGUCUCCCCCGCGCCGCCGCCGCUCAUCCAGCGGAUCAAGGACGCCACCGCGAAGUGCGCCCCGCGGCUUCGAGAAGCUUCUAGAAACUCCGCGCGAGAUCUUCUGCAAUGGACUAGGCGGGGGAGCGCCCUACGCGCGCUUCUCGUCAUCUCGGUUGGAUCAAUCACACUUGUGGCUUUGACUGGGCUGCUGGUUUUUAUGUUGUUCUUCGUAGCUGCAACAGUGAAUGCUAUAAUCAUCUCACUCCUCGUGUCCUUGGCAGCUGCUGGAGGCUGUUUAGCUCUUUUUUUUGCUUUCUCGACAGCAAUAUACAUCGGAGCAUUGUCAGUUGCAGUCUUUGUUAUUUCCACCACGACCAUCUCAACCAUCAUUGCUGUUCUGGUAGCCACUGGGUGGAUUGGAUUCUUUUGGGUUAUCUGGGUUGCGGCCCGAAAAAGCUUGGACCUGACCAGGCAAUCAGUCAAGAUGACAGGUUCGGCAAUUUCAGCAUAUUCUGCUGCUCGGCAAGCAAGACGUGAUGUGAACUCGAAGUCCGCCGAUUAAAUUUAAUUCCACUCCCUUGGAGACUUUUGCUUGUAUCUCCGGAGUAUGGAGUUAUCUUUGUAAAUUUUGCUUUGCGUAGACCGACUGUACAAAUUUAUUCUCUGUUUUGGUGAAAACAUUCCUUUUUAAGUUGCAUCCUAUGUUUAAUUAUCCUCUUUGGUUUGUUCUCCAUGCUUGCUAUUCCUUGUUAUGUAUAUGGAUUUGUGGAUCGGGAAAUAUAUUAAUAAUAUAUUUAGGCAGCUGAAAGGGAACACCAAAUUUAAUCA